AGUGCGCCACUAGUUAGGGUUUCCAGUUCUCCCCCACAGCCAUGGAGGCUAUUCGCCGGGCCGCCUCCGCCGCCGCCGCCGCCGCCCACCACCACCACCGCCCGGCCGUCGCCGCCGCCGCCCACCACCGCCGCCCGGCCGUCGCCGCCCUCCACCAUCGCCCGGCCGUCGCCGCCCUCCACCACCGCCCGGCCGUCGCCGCCCUCCACCACCGCCCCGACGUCGCCGCCCUCCACCACCGCCCCGGCGCCCCCAUCUCCACCGCCACUGCCCGCGUCGCCGCCCUCCACCCUUCCGGCGUCCCCAUCUGCACCGCUACCGCCCUCCACCGCCCCGGCGCCCCCAUCCCCAGCGCCACCGCCCGUCUCCCCAUCCUCAGGCGCACUCCACCCCGCGCCCACUUCACCCCGCGCCGCCUCUGUUCGCAGUCCACCGUUGACAAGGUCCGCUCCGAGAUCCGCCGGGUGAAAGCCGACCGGAAGGAUCGCUUCGGACUCACCCUCGACAAAAUUGACUCUAUCACCGCCACCGUCGACAAGAUAAACAAAGACAUCUCCGAGCCCAAGUAUGACGCCUCGCUCGACCUUGGGAUGACCUCGAUCAAAGUAUGUGGACUUGUCCUUUCGUCAGGCUUGGCACUGGCUCUCGUGUCCUUCUCGGUCAUGUGGUUUGGUGGAGGGCAGGGAACCAAGAGCACCGCCUGCGUCUAUGUGGACAAGGAGAUGGAAUAUGUGAAAGAAGAUCUCCUGAAGAAGAUCGACGCCACCGGCCAGUAGAGAUGAGUACUGUGUAGUGUAUGUUGUAACCAUGCAGUAUAUGGUGUAUCGGGUGAACCUUUGUUUUCUGUCAGGGAUAAGUUAUUAGACUCUGUCAAUCUUGGCUGGGGUUACUAAGACUGGACAUAUGUCCCAUCAUUUGCCCUUUAUGUAUGUUUUUCCUGGGGACACAAGAUCUUGACCAUUCUAUAAAUCUGCAUAUCGAGGUUUUGUUUUGUGAUAUCA